AUGAACGACUGCGAAGACUUCUACGACCCUAGAGACGACCAUAAGGCGACGACGAGUGAGAAGAGUAAGACGACCAAGAAGACAUACUUCGACUUUCCCUACGAGGAAGACUCCUUCGACUUGGCCAUUGAGGAAAGCCGAGCGACUCAAUCCAAAAUUCAGCUGAAAAGUAACUCUGAGUUCCAGAUUUCUCUACCACAUAUUGGCAAGGCCGACAAAAGUAGGAUUAAAAAGAGACUGUCAACACAGAGGAAAGAGAACGAAACUCAAAUGAAGCCGUUGGUGAGGUGCCUGCUUCGAACAGCAAGUGGAUCACUCGCGAGAGAGAGAGAGAGAGAGAGAGAGAGAGAGAGAGCACGAGGCUGCCCCGGUCCCCAGAUUCGGAUGAAGCACGAAGCGCUGGACCUCGUCAACGAGGGUUAUAAUGUGAACACUAAUCUCACUGACGCCGAUAUUGCCAAUACCAGCGACAACGCGAACCUUCCUGCUCCCACUUCCAUGGGCUUGGCUAGCCAGAAUGUCAACACCUCUCCCGACGCUGUACAUGGACAGCCUACUACUACCGCAACCCAAGAUGCUGCUUCAGCUAGCGGUGAGCAUCGACAGCUUCAUGGCGACACACGUUCCGCAUCAGCCACUAGCGCCAAGAAGCCUGCUGUAGCAGCAGCAGCAGCUCCAUUCGGCGGCCGGCUGCGAGUGCGGGACCCUUUUUCUGGCCGACUCGUUCGGGUACCCCAAUACCCGCCGAGCUACUGGACCCAUGGGUGGUACGUCUGUGAGGUUCCAGGUUGCGGCCGUCGGUUCACGCUCAGGAGCUCGCGCGCUCGUCACUACCAGACUCAGCACCCCGUUACGAACUGA